AUGUUCAUGGAGGACCUCAGACCGGGGUAUGAUCCAUUCAUUAGUGGACUGGAGCCAGAGCCAUUCGAGAAUGUUUUGCUGGACAUUUUCGAGGGAAUCAAACGGUAUAUGGACACGGAUGAUGAGGAGGACAAACCAGAGGAAGAAGAACCAUUAUCCAAGGAUGAUCCUUGGUAUACAGAUGAGAACUUGUUUGACAGAAAGCUCUGCACAGACGUCUCAUCCCUUCCACAGCUCGAUUUCUUACCACUGACACCUCCACUUGAUAUUUCACCUCCAGAACCAACACCACCAAAAGUCACGGAAAUGCCAACACUCAAAAUGGAAGCGCCAGUUAGACCAGUGACCAAGACUCGUCAGUUCCCAAUGCUUCGUUGUGGAUGCAACGAAGAUUUUGUCUCCCAAUUUGCUCUGGAAUACCAUGAGACCAAGCAUCAUCCACAGUUCUUCAAUUGGUUUUGCUCGGAAUGCAAUAUUCGCUUCAAAGCGUUGCAGCAAGCAAGUGACCACUUGAUCAUGAUUCAUGGUUGUGGUAGAAUGCCAGUGUUUGGCAACAUUCAUGAUCCGGUCAAGAAGCCGUCAGGACAGUUGCUGGGACAAAUCAUCACUCGUCGCUCGUCGGAUUUCAUCAGGGAAUUCCUGGAAACUCGUGGAAAGCAGACCAUCAUGACAACUGCUUACUACCUGUUUGCAAAAUGCGAACUGCAAGCAGUGGUUGCUGGAAACGUCAGUUUGGCUUGCUACAACGAGGCAAAGAGUGAUCUUCUUACCACUGCUGAUGCUUCCGAAUUCGAGGAUUUGAUCUCAUGCUUGAAAAGCACCUUCAUCUAUGGUCGGUACAUCAAGCGUGUUCCGCUAGAUGGCUACAUGGGAGCAACUACUGUGUAUAAGACGUUGACAUACACCAACGUUCGAAACAGAAAGAAGCCAACUCCUCGUCAAUCCCAAAGCAUGAGAGCCAUAACUGGUGUCGCUGGUACUCGUCAGCAGUUCUAUGGAGCGGGACAAUACCGUGUUAAUCCAUACACUAGCAUGAAUCAAGCACGAACGGUAAGAAAAGUUUCAACAGCAUACAAAAAGCAUCCAACCCCACCAUCCCGCAAUCAACAAUAUGUGCUUCCUCUCCCAACUAAGAAUCCACAAACUGUUGUUCGGCGCACUCCCUCCACUACAAACACCACUACUACCAGCAAGAAGGUGUUUUUCCCACUUUAA